AUGCAGAAAGCAGAGACUGAUACAUCUUACUGUUCUUAUUUCCUCUCCCUGGUUGUUAUCAGUCUCUGGGAUGGAGCUAAUGCAUUUGGUGCUCCAAUAGAAGGUGACUUGCUGACAACAGGAGCCCCUCUAAGCAGCCCACCAUUGAUUGACUUGAUCAGUAACGAUCCUAUACUUUGUGGAGUGAAGCUUAUAGCUGAAGCCUGGGAUGCUGGUGGCCUCUAUCAAGUUGGCAUUUUCCCUCACUGGGGUAUUUGGUCAGAAUGGAAUGGGAAGUAUAGAGACACGGUGCGCCAGUUUAUCAAGGGUACAGAUGGCUUUGCUGGAGCUUUUGCUGAAUGCCUUUGUGGGAGUCCUAAUUUAUAUCAGGGUUAUCUUCCGUCUCAUGGAGGAGGAAGAAAACCAUGGCAUAGUAUUAACUUUAUAUGUGCUCAUGAUGGGUUCACUCUAGCUGAUUUGGUGACCUAUAACAACAAGAAUAAUUUGUCAAAUGGAGAAGACAAUAAUGAUGGAGAAAAUCAUAAUAAUAGCUGGAACUGCGGACAGGAGGGGGAGUUUGUCAGUACCUCAGUGAAGAAAUUGAGGAAACCACAAAUGCGAAAUUUUUUUCUUUGUCUCAUGGUUUCCCAGGGAGUUCCAAUGAUAUAUAUGGGCGAUGAAUAUGGACACACAAAAGGGGGAAAUAACAAUACCUAUUGCCACGAUAAUUAUCUUAAUUACUUCCGAUGGGACAAAAAGGAAGAAUCCUCAUCAGACUUCUUCAGAUUUUGUCGCCUUAUGACUAAGUUCCACCGACUCAGUGAAGGGAGAAAUUUACAUUGCUUUGAAUAUGAGUCAUUUACCUUUCAGAGUUACCUUGCCGGAUUGUCCUGGAUACAGAUGGGAGCCUCUUGUAGACACCAGCAAGCCUUCACCAUAUGAUUUUCUCACUCCUGACCUCCCUGGAAGAGAUAUUGCAAUACAACAGUAUGCUCAGUUUCUGGACGCCAAUAUGUAUCCCAUGCUUAGUUAUUCUUCCAUUAUCCUCUUGCGCAUUCCAGAUGAAAAUCCUGCUUCCUUGUUAUUAUCAGCUAUAUAUAUAAUCCUGUUCCUAGUAUGCUGGAAAAGAAAUCGUUUGAUCAGUAAAUAAAAAAUAAAAAAUGCAUUGAAAAUUUUCUUUUACCUUUACCUAGGAAAGAAUAAGAAGUAGAAAAAAGAAGCUGCAUUAGUGAUGUAAUGACACGAUGAUGGAAAAGUGGCUCAGUUGUAUUUGAGCAAUUUAGAUGUGAGUUUGCUCCACGUUUUUGUAAUGUGUGAUUGAGUGAGGGAACAAGGUAUGAACCUGGUGUCUGGGCACCUUCAGGUAA